AAAAGCCACCACAGAAGCGGCAAGAAAUUCGAAGAACCCUCGAAACAAGGAGAAAACUGGGGGGAAAUUCGCAUCCCAAGAAGGCAAGGGGAGAGAGAGAAGGGGGAGGGGCACCACCACCACUGGGGGAGGCAGGCAGGCAGGCUGGCCGGCCGCCCGCCCGAGGCUCCGAGAGAGGGACACCGAGGCGGCCAAGGCCAAGCGGGAGGAAGACAGGGGGUGAAGAAGCGAACAAGGCGGGCGGCCAUGUGGACGCCAUGCGCGGACGCGGCGUGGACGUCGUGACACCUGCCGCCCCCCAACCGCACCGCCAUGACCCCGCCGCCGCAAUGCGCCUCAAAACCCACCUCCAGGUAGGGGACAUGGCGGAGGAGGCUCCACCGCCGGCGCCGGCGCCCAAGCUGCUCUACAUUGCCGUCGCCGACGGCGGGGGCCGGCGGGCCUUCCGGUACACGCGCCCCGUGCUGCAGAGCACGCUGCAUCUCAUGGGAUGCAAGCCUCGCCAUGCCUUCAAGAUUAGCAAAAGAGUAUUCAAUGUGAUGAAGGGUGAAUUCUUGGCGGCAUCAAAUUUAGAUGGGGUAACCAAACAAGAAAAUUAUCCUGCUCUUGGAGAUGGUACAGAUACUCAAAAAACUCUGGAGAGAAGUAGCAGCAGCAUACCAUUUGAAUUAUACAAGAACCAGACAACCAUUGUUAUUUCAAGGGAGCAGUUCGUAAGUGUUGUAUGCGAUGCCCUCUCUUUGUACAAGUAUGUCGGACCCAACCAGAAAGCUGACUUCCUUCUCGCUUGCAGAAUUAAAGAGAGAAAGGAAUCGGUGACAAUACUCUUGUGUGGAACAAGCGGAUGUGGCAAGUCCACUCUAUCAUCUUUGCUGGGUGGUAGAUUGGGUAUCACGACAGUAGUUUCUACUGAUUCCAUACGACAUAUGAUGAGAGGCUUUGCAGAUGAAAAACAAAAUCCUCUUCUCUAUGCCUCAACCUACCAUGCAGGCGACUAUUUAGAUCCUAUUGCGGUUGCUCAGGCAAAGGCAAAGCGUAAGGCAAAUAAACCAACAAUUGUUGCUCAUCCUAAUAUCAGUGGAGGCAAAGAUGUUACUUCAGAUGGCAAAUCUCAUCAUGGAAACUCAGAGUUACCACGUAGAACUGAAUUGAUUGGCAACAAGCAAAUGGCAGUAGAAGGCUACAAGGCACAAAGCGAGAUGGUGAUCGACAGCCUGGACAGAUUAAUUACAUCCUGGGAAGAACAAAAGGAAUCUGUGAUUGUUGAAGGAGUCCAUCUAAGCCUUAAUUUUGUGAUGGGGCUAAUGAAGAAACAUCCUUCCAUAAUACCAUUUAUGAUAUACAUUACAAAUGAGGAGAAACACAUGGAACGAUUUGCUGUACGUGCAAAGUACAUGACUCUAGACCCAGCAAAGAACAGAUAUAUCAAAUACAUCCGAAAUAUCAGAGCUAUCCAGGAAUACCUAUGCAACCGAGCUGACAAGCAUCUUGUACCAAAGAUUAACAACACCAAUGUUGAUGACUUCAACACAAACACUGUUGCCGUGGUGGAUGAGGAAUACAGGAAUCAACGUGCAGCGAACACCUUGGGUUCUAAGGGCAUGUUCCAGUUGAUCCAAAGGAAGGGGUCCUCAAGGAAUCUGAUGGCUCUCCUGAACACUGACGGUUCAGUCACCAAAACUUGGCAUGUAGGUACAGGUGAUGGCAAUGGGGAUCUCAAUGAUAUUGCAAACAGCAAGAAGUCUGCUGAAAACACUAUAUUGGAUCCCUCACAAAUUGGGAAGGCGGAGGUGGUCAAUCUCCACUUUGGUCCAUUUGGGAUCAGUGCCUGGAUGAGUGACACAGGUGGAACCAGCCAUACUGGAAGUGUAGAAGACCUGAGGGUUGAUUGCAUGGAGAAUGGUGGCAGAAAUUUUUCAUCAUGCUGCAGUUCGCCGAAGAUGUCAGAUUUCACUUCUAAGGAGCUUAUGGAGGAGUACUCGGUCUAUGGGAGCGAAGAAGAAGAACCUGAUGACCCUCGUGAUGGUGAAACUGAUGAAGAUCUAACCGAUGAAGAAAGAGGCAACCACGAGAUAGACGCAGGCUCUGUGGACGAGCACUCCACCAAAUCAGAUGAGGAAUAUGAGGAUCUAGCCAUGCGGGACGUGAUGGAGAAUGGUGACUGGUCUGAUGACGAGCAAGCAGUGAGCAGCACCAAGAACUCACUAGCCCCGGAGGGCAUCAUCCAUGGAAGAGAAACAGACGAAGAUGAUGGUAUGGAAGGCAUGUACCACCACAACCUGGACCUGUUCCUCAAAAUGUCCAAGGAGGUAGCCGGCACCAGAAUGCCGUGCGCGUCAUAGCGCCACUGGCCCAGCUGGGUUGAGGUGAAAGCCAGAUCCACCGGUCACCGACCGGGUGAUCUUGGAGCGGUGUGCUGUAGAGUGUAGACUAGUGGCUUGUAGCUUGGACCUGUCCAAAGUGCCGUCACCUGGCUGUAAAAGAGAUAGGACCUGAUGCUCUGUCCAGGCAAACAUGUUAUGUCUGUAUCUUUGGAAUAAAUAAUAUUCCGGGCAGGCCUGUAUGUAUCCCUCGAAGAAAAUAACGUCCCGGCUGUUAAUAAAGUUCACCCCUUGGCCUAGAA